UCUCGAUUGAGCGCCACUGAGGUCUCGCCGAUUUCCCCUCCCUCCUAGUCGUCCUGCACCCACUAUUGGCCCCGCUGGCUGGCGCGUCUCACUUCUCGCUGCCAGUGGCUGGCUGCUAGUCGGUGGCGGGCGCUCAUAGAGUAUGUAUCGUUUAUUGCGCUCGAAGGCCAGCAUUCUUCUUCCUCCUUUCUCAUCGUCUCUCCGCUUCAUGUACGUCAUUCGCGCGUUCGUAUCACGACGAUAGUGAUCUACAGCCUGACAUUACGCGACGCACAUCGUCGGCACGUGCCGGCGUCGGAGUCCGGAGAUCGGCCGUGACGAUUCGAAUUUUUCGGAGCACACACGACGUCACGACUCACGACCCCGGAUCGGCGCGCUCCACUCUUGCUCCUCGCAUCGGUGCGUUUGUUUUGACAUGUGUGUAGGCUGCCAUAUUGGAUUACCGCAUCGCUGCUGUUGCUGUCGCCGUCGUAGUCGUCGUCAUCGUCAUCAUCACCACUGCAGAGCACCCGGGCGUGAGACACGACUUUCGCGCUAAAAAAAAGAACGGUCUAUUUGUGGAUCAGACAUGGAACCUAUCACAACGAUUGCGCGGCACAGUUAAGCACGGGCGGUUGAUGCCUGAUGGCGCGGGCUGGAACGCAACGCUGGAGAAAUCCUGCUCCAGAAGGUGACGAUGUACAACGAUCGAUCGAGCUGUUGGACAAGGUGCUCUCAGAGUACGACGAGCACGACGCAGAGAGCGAAGGUGACGGCGGUGGCAACGGUAGUGGUGGUGGUGGUGGCGGCAGCAGCAGCGGCAGCGGCGGUGGUGGUGGCUGCGUCGGGAACAGAAGCGGCGGAGGCAUCGGGGAUUGCGGCAGCAGCACGGAACCAAGCAUUGGCCUCACGCCCGAUGACGAGAGCCCGUCCUUAGGACACCAAUCUGAGGACGACGGUUACAUGAGCAUGAAUGGUCGGAAAGCAAAAAUGGCGCUACUAGCAUUACGUCCGGUUCCGGAUUGUCCAGAGCCUCAGGAUCCAGCAGGUGUUUCGACGCAGGAAUUUCCACCACCCCCGGAAGAAGCUGAACGUAUUAUUUCGACUUUUCUGCCGAUGGUUUCGUCAGGAAACUCGUCAAAGAAGAACGUAAGCCAGACCUCAGAGCGACAAAGUAAUGCCGGCAGCCGACAGCAGUGGAUAGUGGCCGUGGAGGAUAGCAUGCGUCAUGGGAACGCGGUUACCACACAGACCACUCUUCCGAAAACCCGUCACCAGCGGCCGUAUGGUUGGGAGAAUGGGACCGUAGAGUCGUUGCGGUUGACUCAACUGCCCAGUCCGCCCAAUAAAUUCGCCAGUCUGCCGUACGAUGUUAAGGUGUCCUUCAACUGGAUCCCACCACGAACGAAUCCGAGCGCGGUGGAAAAGCAUCGGGAAGUACGUCGUCGUUCCUCAGAGGAGUGUCUGGAGGACGAAGGUGGCAGUCAUCAGAGCAGUUCCGAUCGCGUCAGUUACUAUUUGAGGAAACAUCACCGCCAGCAGAAUGAGAUCAUGAAGUCGAGCAGCGUGGAGGACCGUCUGCUGAUGAAUAGGUCGGACAAGGAGUCGAUGCGACGCACUCGCAACGAUUCAGAUUCGAGCGAAGGCCGGUUUUCGAGAAACUCUGAGUCUGAGAGUCGGUCCUCGAUAGCACGCUCCAGCUCCGUCAGCGUCGAACGGUUCUCUAUGCGCGCCAACUGCGAUUCGUCAGACUUUUCACGCGCCAACUCCACAUCGAAUGAGCGCUUCCACUCGGACUUCUCGAUCGCGGUGGCAAGCGCAAGUUCGAAUGAUCAUGUAUCCGUGCCGACCUCCGAACCGUUUUCCAUACGCAAUCUCGAUUUUGUUUCGUUUGCGUUGCCGCACAUGGACUCGAGCGAACGUUUUUCCGCGCCUACAUCCGAGGAGCGCUAUUCCGACUUGUUCUCUACACGUAAUUCCGAUUUCUCCGCACGAAAUUCGGCCGAUUUUAGAACGCAAUCGGAAGAGGAGCGCUUUUCCGAUGACUCCUUGGAGGAAUUAUUGCCACCACCGCCACCUAUUAGCAAGAGACACUCUAUUGCGUGGGAGGUUUCUUUGGAGGACGAUCCUCUGUACGCGCCCGGCAGUACCAAGGUUGUCGGUAGAAGACGACGAAAAAGUAGCGAUGUAUCAAGUGUAGGUUCCGUGUCGAAAUUGCGCGACUUCGACGAUUGGCAAGAUCAGCGACUGUCAACGACUGACGACGAUUUGAUCUCGCCUUAUUCGGAUUCGUCCACGAACGAUCUCGAUCAGAUACAGCCGCAAGAGCUUACGAAAAACGGCACUUAUGUCAUCAGACGUGGCCGCAAGAAAGAGCGCAAAGUUCUACCGAAAACGCCGACUAAGACCAAGAGUCUGUCUUUCGAGAAUGGCGAGAAAGACAGUCGAUUGUCAGAUGUAAAACGAUACUCGAGCACUUUUGACAACAUCAAAAGUCUAUUGAAGGAGGGUAAAUUGGAGAGUCUGGAUGAACCGGUAAAAUUUAUGAUUCCGGUACCACCGCCGGAUCUUAUCCGAGUCGAGUCGAUGCCGGCGAUCAAUAACGACGCCAGCAAUCGAGCUCAGUUGGAUAUCACCGUAGAAGAGGAAGAGGCAUCCGACAUCUCGGAUAAGGACAAGGAGCGCGACAACAUCGAAUUUUCUCGGCUACCAUUGUUGCCAGUCGAGGAUGAUCAAAUGAAUCGUUUGGAUCAAUCGAGAGACUGCAACGGUUCGACAGUGUCUAACUUGGCGGAUUUGGAUAUUGGUAGAUUAUCGGCGAACAGUGCACUCGCCGAGGCCAUGACAAAGAAGAAACUUACAAGCGCGGUAAGCGAUGAGAGACUAGCUUCUAAGAUCCCGGUGAACUUGCUGAUUGAGGAUCAGAUUGUGAAAAAGGCGCUCAAAGAGAAUCGCCGGCAACUGGAGAAGGUGAGCGACGCAAUCAAAGAAAUCGAGAACGUGAAGAACAGCGAAUCCUAUUGCGAAAGCAAACUCUGGCAGAACGGUGACCUGAAACAUAAUUCGAAGCGGAACAGUUUCGAGAAUGACGGGUUUCCGGUCUACGAUAGCCGGAAACCCGUUACGAUCGAUGGCAGCCCCUAUGACAGCAGGACGCGCGAUAGGAAGCAGCAGAAGCAACAGAAGCAGCAGCAGCAACAGCAGUACAACUCUGAUUCCGAGACAUCAAAGACCAGCUCGGACGCGGACUUCGAGGAUCGGAGAAAACUGAACGGUGCCACUGAUGUCGUCUACUCAUCCGGCAGACGACUGCGCCAGAAUGGUAUCGAGAAUCACAAAAACGAUCAGAAGCAGAUCGAGAACGUGAUCGACGCUAUUUUGGAAGAUUCAAAGAAUUCGGAAUUUCAGGUCAAUGUUGAUGUAAUGGAGUUCCCGCCAUUGCCGCCCUCGCCCGUCGAGGAAGCUGAUGAAGAAAGUUGCUCGGAUGUCGGCCAAAACGCCGUGAUGACGCCACUGAAAUCCAAGGGUCACAGUAGCCGAACUGUAGAGUACAGGCCAAGGGUACCACCCCAUCGUGUUCCAUCGAUCAUCGACGCGAAAGAUAAGGCUUCUUUGAAUACCAGAUCUAUGGAUGCCGGUUUUACCAAGGGGAGACGUACACCGACCACCAAUAAUUCCAGGCGAGAAGUACCUGUGGAACGAAGAACUCUGCCCACCGAUUUACCAGGACCAUCUCGUCGACGACCGUUUACGAAAAGGCAUUCACCAUCAGCGGAGGCAUGCUCUUCCGGGAGCAGCAACAACGGUAGUGGUUUGCAUACUGGUAGCAGCGUCGUUAUCAGCACUGGUUCCGGUAUGCAGACAUCAUGUUCCUUACCGGAGACUCCAGUGUUCGCCAGAGGCAGCGAUAUCCCUAGAACACCACAACAUGCUGGCAAUCCUACGCAGUCAAGGCGGCAACCUGGCUGGUAUGCACCUACCACAGCUACCGGCUAUCGACGAAACAAUCCUGGUCUGGAGCAGGCCAUAAUCGGCACUGAACUUCUCCGACUGGCAGGAGGCCCGAAUCGCGGAUGGUAUCCCACCAGAAAAGCAAAUCAGCCACGGCCGGCGUCAAUCGAACAUCUCGAACGGCUGAACAACGCCUAUGAUGCACGGUUACCGGGCACCGGGGACCAGAGGAAGCCGCUGACUCUGCCUACAAACAUCACACCCAACAAAUACUUCGGCCAAAGUAAGCACAGCUCCGCCUCCAGCACUCGUGAGGCGCUACGGAGGGUCACUAGCUUGCUCAUCAAGAAAGGAAGCGGUGGCAAAGAUGGAAAGGGCAGCAAAGAUAGUAAUUUAUCUUCUGGUCCUUAUGCCGGAUGCGCAGACAGCGGCGACGCUCCCAAGAAGAAAAGUUUUUUCAAGGGAUUCUGGAAGCGAUCACGUCACUACUCUCUGGAAAACCAAUAGCCCACGAGGAUAAGUCACCACCAUCACCAGUGGUAUAGGCAGAUGCGACAGCAACAAAGGCAGCGGGGCAUUGCAGCUACCGUGACCCUCGCAAAUAAAUCUUGCUGCUGUAUCGUCUAGUAACCCCGAUUUAUAUCAACCGCGACCAUCUUAUCUUCAACCCGAUGUCCAUUUGCACUCACGACAGUGCAUCUCCGCGUUCCUCUCGUAAACGAAAUUUGCACGCGUUUCACUCUUCUCCCCUCUUCCCCGUCAAAUCUGAUGAUUACAUUUUACAUUAGCAUGAACGAUCCCAGUUAACGCUAAUUAUUCAUGAAAAGUUCGAUUUGUAUUCUCAAUGUGCCGAAUAUUCCGGAACAGUAAAAGAAUAUUCAAAUAUUAAUGAAUAUGUGUUCAGAAUAUUGUAUGAAUACCUUUUGUAUAUAUACAGGGUGUCUCAAAAAUAAGGUAGGAACCGUAUUGAGGAUAAAAAAGGAAACGUAUAAGCCAUGUGCGAUGAAGCCGUGUCGCGCAAAUCGUAGCGCAUUAGCUUAUUUUCUUUUUUAAUUCAAAAACUACAGCGAAUAUCUCAAAAUGAUAUCAGAUUUUUUUACUCCCCUUGACCCAUUCUACGCCCCAGCAACGCGGCUCCUUCCUUAUUUCUGAGACACCCUGUAUAUCACGAAAAUCACUCACUCGCAAUCAGAAAUGAUAAUGGAAUCGACAUCGAAUCGAUUUUUUAUCAUUUUUAUCAUUUCUGAUUGGGCAAGCAGUAUGCAGAGAGCUGCGAUGGAGAUGCAUUAACUCGUAAAUAUGAAUGACAUGGAAAAAAAGCACACUAUUUCAUCUAAGUGGAGGCGACAAGUAACUACAUACUUUGUAAUCAAAAAUGACACGUGAUUUGAUCCCGCUCGUGCUCUACAUAUAAUUUUUUUCGUAUUUAAGGAAUGUUUUUUCAAUAUACACGGAUUAAAUAUACACUUCUGUUAUCCUCUUCUGUAUAUACACAUUUUCAU